CCCACCCACACUGCAAACCCCCCCGAACGUCAUUCCAACAACCCCGCCUUCCGCAGCCUGUCAUCCCCCUGACCAAGCUCUCUAAUGUGAGUGUGGCUCUAGUGGCGCUCGCUUGGCCAUUGGCAUUGGCGCAUUGGAUCAUUGGAAGCUAUGCAACGAGGGCCACAUGAAGCUGGCAUGCAUUCUCUCCCUCACAAGCACCCACAACGCGACCCAACAUGGAUCGUCCGACCAACGCCCCCCUCUUUUGUGACUGUUUAGUGACUGGCAUGUCUGGGGCCUCGUACGCCGCCCGUCCCCCAGUUCUCCUCCUUCCAUUGCACCCAUUCUCCAUCAUCCUCCUCAUCACAAUCACGCCCUCUUUCGCUUCUUUGCUCUCGCUUGCUUCUCCUAACUCGUACAGUGUAUCCACAAUAUACCAAGUAGCAGCCACAACACAAGUCAUUCGUUUCAUUGCAACUACAUCCCUCACUCCCCGGCGACACAUACACCAUGCUCGCCUCCUCUCUUGCCCUCUGGGCUCUUCUCCCAGCACUCGCCACCGCUAGGCCCAGCUUUGAGAAGCGGCAGACACGACAGUCGCCCAUCCCCAAGCCCAACGGCUUUCAGCCAGCUGGCGACGCUGGCAUCUCGGCACAGAUGAUGUUCCUCGGCACCAAGAACAAGGUGUACAUCCUCGACAAGACCGAAAACAACCCCACCACCAUUGACGGCCGCUAUGGCUCCCACCCAGCCUGGGCCGUCGAGUACGACAUUAACACCCAAAAGGUCCGCCCCAUGGACGUCUACUCGAACACCUUUUGCGCCGGCGGUGCUGUUCUUGGCAACGGGACGUGGGCAGUCUUUGGCGGUAACCAGCCCGUAACCACCGACGGUGUCGCCACCAACGAGCUCGCUGCAUACAAGACCAUGACUGGUGGCACUGCCAUCCGCAUACUCAACCCAUGCGACGACGAAAAAUGCGAAUACAUCCAGGGCGCCCAGACUCUGGACAUUAACCAGGACACUGGUGGCUACCUUCAGAUGACUGGCAAGCGCUGGUAUCCAACCGUUGAGACCUUGCCAGAUGGAACUCUUAUUGUCAUUGGCGGUGACAAGAACGGCGGCUAUGUCAACACUGCUGUGCAGGACAACCCGACGUACGAGUUCUUCCCACCAGACAACCAGGGAGCCAUCAACCUCCAGUUCUUGUCCGACACCCUUCCCGUCAACCUUUACCCCCUCACUUGGCUUCUGCCUUCUGGCAAGCUAUUCAUGCAGGCAGCUCGUAAGACUAUCAUCUACGACUACAAGACCCGCGAGACGACAAACCUUCCUGACAUGCCCAUCGCCACGCGUGUCUACCCUGCAUCGGCUGCCACUGUCAUGCUUCCUCUCAGCUCGGCAAACGGCUGGCAGCCCACUCUCCUCUUCUGCGGAGGCUCCGCUACUGAGCGAUGGGGAGAUGACGUCGGCCCCGGUUACAACGUGACUGCGGUUCAGGCCGACAACUCGUGCUACCGCAUCACCCCUGAGGGCUCCGCCAACCCCCGCUACGAGCAGGACGACUGGAUGUUUGAGGGUCGUUCCAUGGGUGAAUUCGUUCUCAUGCCCGAUGGUAACAUUUGGAUGGGCAACGGUGUUGCCAUGGGCACUGCUGGCUACGGUGACUUCAACUACUCGGUAGGCGAGUCGUACGGCCAGGAUCCACUCUACACCCCGGCCAUCUACCGCCCCUUCAACCAGCCAGGUCAGCGCUGGGACCGUACUGGUCUCGAGGCAUCUCCCAACGAGCGCAUGUACCACUCGACUGCGAUCCUCCUCCCUGACUCGUCCAUCCUCAUCUCGGGCUCCAACCCCAACAAGGACUUUACCAACAAGCAGUGGCGGUCGCGCACUGACAUUGAGCGGUGGUACCCAUCGUACUACAAUGAGCCGCGUCCCACUUUCACUGGCUUGCCCGAGACCUUCACCUAUGGCGGCGACUACUUCAACAUCACAUUGAACGGCACCGUCAGCGCCGCAUCUGCCAACACCACUCGCGUGACCCUCAUCCGCGGUGGAUUCCACACCCACGCCCUCGGGUUUGGCCAGCGCCAGAUCUUCCUUGACACGUCGUACACCUUUGACGAGGCGACACAGACCGCAACCAUCCACGUUUCGCAGCUACCAGGUACCAACGGCCCUAACCUCUUCCAGCCAGGCCCAGCGCUCGCCUUCGUCCUCGUUGAUGGCGUCCCUUCGCAGGGCGAGAUGGUCAUGGUUGGCAACGGCCAGCUUGGCGAGCAGCCUACUACCGCCAACGCUGAGCUUCCCGGUUCGCAGACCGUUCCCCUCCCUCAGCCCGAGGUCAACAACAACCCCGAAUCCGACAAUGCCAACACUGGCAGCACCAACGUGAAGAGCGACGCUCCUCCCUCUUCGGCUGGUCUCGUCACCCUUGCCCUCCCCGGUAUCGUCACUAUCCUGACCCUCAUGGUCCCCGCCGUCCUGCUCUAGUAAACACGGACACUUAGAGUAGAACAAUUGUCCCGUUAGCAUAGCCCCCCCCCCCCCCUCCCCCCCCU